UUCAAUCAUCAAUGGUCAUGCCUGCUCUAUAACUUAUGGACGUAUGUUAUCUUUAAUCUUAUCAAUAAUUGAUCCGUGAUCGAAAGCUAAAUUGUUAAAUGUUAGAAGUGGUUUGUGUAAAAUUGCAAAAUGAAUACGCUGAAGUUUUAUUUUGUGACCUGGAACGUUGCAACUAAGUCUCCAAGUCAAGACCUUAAUGCACUAUUGGAUUUUCCAUCGCAGUUUAAUAAACACAAACCAUUACCAGAUUUUUAUGUUAUUGGGUUACAAGAAGUAAAGUCACAACCGCAAAACAUGGUCAUGGACAGCAUAUUCACAGACCAAUGGACGUCAACUUUUAAUAAAAUUCUGUGCAGACAAGGAUUUGUUAUCGCUAAAAGUAUGCGGCUACAAGGCAUCGUUAUACUUGUUUAUACACAAAUGAAACAUCUCACACGUCUAAGAGAUAUACAGGCUCAGUAUACUAAGACUGGUUUUGGUGGAUUAUGGGGUAACAAAGGCGCUGUUAGUGUAAGAUUUAAUUUAUAUGGGUGCUCGUUUUGCCUCAUAAACAGUCAUUUGGCAGCCCACGAACAUGCGCUGUCCGAUAGAAUCACUGCUUGCAAUAUUAUUUUACAAGAACACACCUACGAACUCCAGGAGACAUCAAAUAUUUUGUAUCACGACUAUGUAUUUUGGGUAGGUGAUCUUAAUUUCCGUCUGGAAUUCCCAGCUGAGAUUAAUCUCACACCAGAGGAAAUAGUUGAACAAUUGCAGAAAAUAGAAAAAGACAAAUACGAAUCGCUAUUAAAAUACGAUCAGCUGUUUGCGGUGAAGGACAGUGGUGAAGCGUUCUCGGAGUUUAGUGAGGGGGAGAUUCGAUUCCCGCCGACAUAUAAAUAUGCUAUUAACACAUAUGAAUAUGAUCUUAAGAGAAAGCCGUCAUGGACAGACCGAGUGUUAUAUAUGGUGAAUCCGAAUAAUUACGAAAAUAUAGUUUUGAGAGCGGAUCUAAUAUCAUAUAAUCACGUACCACAUUACAUGGUCAGUGACCAUAAACCGGUGGUGGCACAAUUUAAUGUGAAGGUACGUCAGACAUUCCCUCGUACGGUGUUAGCUGAAGAACCUGAGACCAAAGUGUCUAGGUCGUCUAUACGCAUGCGUUCAGCUUUAGUAAUGCCCAUGAAUGAUGAAGCUGGUGAUUUAGAACCGGAUGCAGACAUUGAGCCCAGCAGUACAUCGGAUGUAGUCGAUUCUGCGGAAGAGAGUUUCGCGGAUUACACGGAGAAAACCGUGGAGUUUGCGCCAAUAUCUCGUAUAUGGUACAUCGGUGACGCGGACUUUAGGACGGAGUGCACUUUGUCUCAUGACGUCGAGAUCAACCAGGGUGAUUGGAUUGGUAUUUUUGAUGCGAAUUUCCAUAGUCUAGACGACUAUAUAACAUAUGACUAUGUGAGCAAAGUGGGUGUUCAAGAAACGCCUCACGUCGCUGGAGAGUCACGUACUAUAACGUUAAGUUUUCCCGUUGGCAGUGGGGUUAGAACUCCGGGAUUCUACAGAUUCAUAUACUUCAGCCAACCGAGCAAUGAUGUCAAGAGUGUUUUAGGCAUCUCCGAUCCCUUCGAAGUGAGCAGUAAGGAAGACCAACUGGUUUCCAUAGACCCAUGUUCAGAGGCGUCCGGUAGUACGGUUAACACGGAUGUAUUCACAGAUUUCACAGGGCUUGAUGUGGCAAAACUUUCCCGCCAUUUCUCAAACGACUUGAGCAUUGACUGACUAAAAACAUAUCUGUCACCGACAAUGAGACGCAAGAACGGGGACGGGUAAAAUUAUAUUUUUAUGUUAAAUUGGAUUAUUAAUUUAAAGCGAUUCUUAUGUAUUGCCAAUUAAUUUGCCAUAUUAGCUGGAUAUUUUCACUGUUGUAGAUAUAUAUGCACUAAAGCGCGUAUGGUGUCGUAUUUUAGAACAAUUUAAACCUAGUUUCAAAUUGCUUCCAUUGUAGUGGCUGUUUUAUCUCAAAUGAUAAGCGCUUUUAAAAUAUUUAUGUAUAUAAGUAUACGUGAGUUUAGAGAUUUUAUUACUACGUUACCAAAAUGUGAUUUUUUUGCAAAAAUAUGACAUUUCCCCCUUUUUUCUCUUUUACGUGCUUGAUGAAAUACCUUCUUAUUUAUAAAUAACUAAAAACCAUACUUUUUACUUAAAGUCUUUCGUCUCUUUCUGUCGAAUUGUGUACACUGUGAUGAAGAGAGACAGAAGAGUACUUUAAGUAAAUGUACAAUAGUUUGAUUCAUUUUAUGUCGCUCGCUCGUACGUUUGCUAAUAGCCGCGCGAUAAGCUCUUUUAAUUUUUGAUGCACGUAUUACGUCAGGUAUCAAAUUCAUAGUACUUUUAAAAUGCGUUUGCGCAUACUUUUCCAAUAAAACAUGCAUUAAAGGUUAACUGUAAGGGUAUAUGGUAUUACUUAUAUAAAUUAC